GGUACAAUGUUACAAGCCAUUGAGAGAUACAUGAAGCAAGCCAUUGUGGACAAAGUCCCCAGUGUGUCCAGUUCUGCACUGGUGUCUUCCUUACACAUGAUGAAGAUCAGCUACGACGUCGUCAAACGGUGGAUCAACGAAGCUCAAGAAGCUGCUUCCAGUGACAACAUCAUGGUGCAGUAUCAUGCUUUGGGGCUGCUGUAUCACCUUAGAAAAAACGACCGCCUCGCGGUUUCCAAGAUGCUGAAUAAGUUCACGAAAUCUGGACUGAAAUCCCAGUUUGCCUACUGCAUGCUGAUCCGAAUUGCAAGCAAACUCUUGAAGGAGUCUGAAGAGGGCCACGAAAGUCCACUGUUUGACUUCAUCGAGAGCUGCCUGCGGAAUAAGCAUGAAAUGGUUAUUUACGAAGCUGCUUCUGCAAUCAUCCAUCUCCCAAACUGCACGGCCAGGGAGCUGGCACCGGCUGUUUCAGUGCUGCAGCUUUUCUGUAGUUCUCCCAAACCUGUCUUGAGAUAUGCAGCUGUACGGACCCUUAAUAAAGUGGCCAUGAAGCAUCCGUCUGCAGUCACUGCCUGCAACCUGGACCUGGAAAACCUCAUCACUGACUCCAACCGCAGCAUCGCUACCCUCGCCAUCACCACCCUGCUGAAGACAGGCAGUGAGAGCAGUGUAGACAGGCUCAUGAAACAGAUCUCUUCCUUCGUGUCAGAAAUAUCAGAUGAGUUUAAGGUAGUGGUGGUACAGGCCAUCAGCGCUUUGUGCCAGAAAUACCCUCGGAAACACAGCGUCAUGAUGACCUUCCUCUCCAAUAUGCUCAGGGAUGAU